AUGUCUUCAUCAUCGCCCACCCUUUCCACCAACCCUCGUCGUGUCCCGGUGACUCGCAUCGGCUCUCCUGGCUCUGGUCAUGGCCUGAGCCUUAAAACCAACAACAUGCUCCGCAAAGGCGCUACUUUCCACUCACCUACCAGCCCUGUCUCCGACAUCGACGCUCCCUUCUGCCCUCCGCAGCUGGCUCGUUCGCAAUCCAACCUGGACGACGUCGUCGACGCCCACCGCCGCCGCGUCGCUCUCACUCUUGACAGCAUCGGCAAGACCCUUGCCGGCACCCACAUCUCGUCACCCAAGAAGAACGGCAUCAACGCCGUCUUCCUCGACAACGACAGCGACUGCGUCCCUAAGGGCCUGCUUGAUCACGCCCUCGGAUCAUCCCUUGCGCCUGCCGAGCAGCCGCGCCGUGUUCUCCAGCCGCGCCCUGUAAACCGUCGCCUUUCUAACAACCACCACGCCUCUGACAGUGGCCUCGGCUCGUCCAUCGCCUCGUUGUCUGGUAAGAAGCAGCAGCAGCAGCAGCAGACUGGUAAGAGCACCGCUGCCGCCACGAAACGCGCUGCUGCGCCCGUCCAGGCCAAGGCCGUCACCCGCUCCGCCGCCGCCGCUUCCAGCGAGAAGCCUGCUGGUCUGAGCGCCCGUGCUACCAACCGCAUCUACGAGCACACUGUCAAGCCUCUGCUUGCCAAGCCCGCAUACAAAGCUUUCCACCCCAUCCUGCUCGAGUGCACCACCAAGAUCAACAAGCGUGAUAUUGUCUGCCUGCGGGAUCUCGAGAAGACGAUUCUCUUCCUCGCUCCGGUAAGUGACGACCUCCGUAACGAUACGGGCGUCUGGGGAAAUACUUAUCGGUUUUUGUGUAUAAAGGAGAGGACCAAGGUCGCCAAGCUCUAUCUCGACUUCUGUCUGGAGUCUGUUCGUUGCCUCCAGACCACCGUCGAGUACUUGUCCGAACGCGAGCAGACCCGUCCUGCCGACCUGCCCUACACCGCCGGUUACUUUAUCGACCUCGUCGACCAGAUCCACCACUACGCCCAACAACUUGCUGACGCCAAGGCCAACGAGAAGGCCGGCUCUGUCGACAUGGAUUUCCACAGGUACAACCUCCGGUCUACAGCCACCAUCAACCCAAUGCACCUUACUCUUGCUAACCCUGAUGCCCCACACUCCAGCUCUGAUGAGAUCAAGCUGCACGGCGGCAUUGCCGUGAACGGCCGCCCCGCCGAGCUUGUCCGCAUCAGCCGCGACGGCCGCGCCGUGUCCAUUGCCACCGGCCUCCCUGUCGAGCUCGAGGAGGACAUGAAGGACACCAUCCGCAUUAAGCGUUCCGCCAGCCAGGAGCUGGAGGACGAGGAGGAGAUCAUGCGCUCCAUGGCUCGCCGUAAGAAGAAUGCCCCGCCUGAGGAGUACGCACCCAAGAUGUGCAGUGUACCUGGCUGCACCAAGGAGUUCAAGCGCCCCUGCGACCUGACCAAGCACGAGAAGACCCACUCGCGCCCUUGGAAGUGCCCCCUCGAGUCCUGCAAGUACCACGAGUACGGCUGGCCCACCGAGAAGGAGCGUGACCGCCACAUGAACGACAAGCACUCCGACAACCCCCCCAUGUACGAGUGCCUGUUCAAGCCCUGCACGUACAAGUCCAAGCGUGACUCCAACCGCAAGCAGCACAUGGAGAAGACCCACGGCUGGACGUACGUCCGCACCAAGACCAAUGGAAGCAGCAAAACCGCCACUGCCGCUGGCGCUGCCCAGGUCGGUGCCUCACCGUCUAUCAAAGACGGCAACCUGAUCCAAGGUUCGUCCUCGUCGGUGCGCGGUAGCCUGGAUGCCUCGAGCACCACUCUGCCUACCCCGCAGUUGGUCAACCUGCCGACGCCCGUGAGCGCCCGCAGCCCCAACGUGACUACCCCCAACUACGAUGAGUUCUCUGCGCCUCUGUUCAGCAACAUUGAGUUCCCGACAUGCGCGCCCGGCGACAUCCUGGCCAGCGACCUGCUUCCCGCAGAGCUCGACGAUCUCGACUUCUCGCCGUUGCCGAUGGAUCUGAAUGACGCCUCUGCUUACGCGUCGCCGUCUAACGCUUCGAGCCUCGACAACAACUCUGCCUACCAGGACAUUGGCCAGGACAUGUCCAUGUAUGAGGACAUCUACAGCGCACCCAUGCAGCUGCCGACGCCUGAGCCCAUCUUUGCACCCAACUACGCCAACAAGGAGCUGCUUGACCAGUUCAUGGCCCUGCAGGCCCCUGAGCUGUGCGCUCCCAUGGUCACCCCGGCCCAGCAGCAGCAGAUGGCUCGCCUGCAGAUGAUGCAUCAGCAGAUGCAGCAGCAGGAGCGUCAGAACCAGCAGAACCAGCAGCUGGCUCAGAACACUCUGAUGCCCCAUAUCUCGCCCCUCGGCGAGGCCAACGCCAUGCUGUUCACACCAGACUCGAUUCUGGACGACGAGGGUUUUGUCGAUUACUCCGACGACGCCACCAAGAAGGGCACGGACUUUAUUCUGUUCCCUAACGCCGAGAUGGCCACUCUGCCGCAGACCACUAUCAAGCACGACCCCGUGUUUGACACUCUGUUCGAGGAGAUGACGCCUAGUCUGGCCGCUGGCUUCUCGCAACCGACCUCGCAGAUCUAUACCAACAUGGAAUGGUAA